UGAGUCCUCGGCGUGUUGCUGUAAGGGGGAGGGAAAAGACUUGAGACUCAGUGUUUGUGUAGAUGUGAGUGAACGAGCAGGAAUCCAGCCGCUGGAGGACUUUUUUCUCUUCGAGCUAAACUCGUGAAUGUUUUCUCGCCUGGAGCCUGAGGCGAGGACGGAGAAGAAGAAGAAGAAGAAGAAGGAGGGAGGAGGAGGAGGAGGACAGAUGCGAAAAUGCGAGAAGAAAUCCAGGAAGAGAGCGAGGGCAGCUUAUUAAAGAUUCAGCGCGGGAGAACAGACGUUAUCGCCCGUCCAGAGCUGCGGCAGCACCGGGGAUAAACUCACGACUCUCCGGGCUCCGGGCGCCAGCGAAUGGGCUGAACCGAAGCGGGCUUUUGUGGAAGAAGCGAGUCCGAAGUGGGUUUUUUUUUUUUUUAAGCGGAGACCCAAAGGGAAGGGGAGGAGAGGGGGCGAAGAAAACGCCCUGCUGCCGCUGCCUGUUGCUGCGGUGUCCAAAUUCAAACUUUAUCGCCGAGUUUGGGGGAAAAAAAUGCCUCCUCCAUUGAAGUGAAGGCGGAAUUCAAAUGUAAACUUUAUUAGCUAAACCGCUGGCGGACAGAGGAGCCGCUCACUUUGCCACUUUUAUCGUGUGCGGAGUGUUUCCCUCGCGUUGGGAAUAUUUUCAUUGUGCACUGUAUUCCUGUCGGAGGCGAGUUGGGUGGGCUGCGAGCCCGGGGCUGCUCCGCUAGGCCCACGGCCAUUAGCCAGGAACAAAGAGGGUUCACAUGUAAAAACUUAAAUAAACUACUCCUAUCUCGACGAGGUUUGUCGAAACGAGCGCAGUCAUGUCGCUGGGCGCCGAGAGGAGGAUGGAAACCCGGCUGAAGAAGCUGGAGGGCAUGAUCCGAGACCCCCGGUGCUCCGUCAACCUGGAAAGUUUGCUGGACUCCAUGAACGCCCUGGUCUUAGACUUGGACUAUCCAGCACUACGCAAGAACAAAAACAUUGAGACCUUCUUAAACAGAUAUGAGAAAGAAAUAGGACAAAUUCGAGACCUCCAGAUGAAGUCUGAAGACUUUGACAGAGUUAAAGUCAUCGGUCGAGGGGCGUUUGGUGAAGUCCAUCUGGUCAGACAUAAAGCCUCUCAGAAGGUUUAUGCCAUGAAGCUGCUGAGCAAGUUUGAGAUGAUCAAGCGCUCAGACUCCGCCUUUUUUUGGGAGGAGAGGGACAUAAUGGCAUUCGCAAAUAGUCCAUGGGUUGUGCAGUUGUGCUGUGCCUUCCAAGAUGAGCACUACCUCUACAUGGUGAUGGAGUACAUGCCAGGGGGUGACUUGGUCAACCUCACCAGCACCUACGACGUGCCAGAGAAAUGGGCCAAGUUCUACACAGCGGAGGUGGUGAUGGCCCUGGAUGCCAUUCACUCAAUGGGCUUCAUCCACCGUGACGUCAAGCCGGACAACAUGCUGCUAGAUGGAUACGGACACCUCAAGCUGGCCGACUUCGGGACGUGCAUGAAGAUGGACGCUACCGGCAUGGUGCACUGUGACACAGCAGUCGGUACUCCAGACUACAUCUCUCCUGAGGUGCUCAAGUCCCAGGGUGGAGAUGGUUAUUAUGGGAGAGAAUGUGACUGGUGGUCUGUCGGGGUCUUCAUCUUCGAGAUGCUGGUUGGUGACACACCAUUCUACGCUGACUCUCUGGUGGGAACUUACAGUAAGAUCAUGGACCAUAAGAACUCUUUAAACUUCCCUGAUGAUGUGGAGAUCUCAAAAGACGCCAAGAAUAUCAUCUGCGCCUUCUUGACUGACAGGGAGGUGCGAUUGGGCAGGAACGGCGUGGAGGAAAUCAAGCGACACCCUUUCUUUAAGAACGACCAGUGGACCUUUGACACCAUCAGAGACACGGUUGCUCCUGUGGUCCCAGAGCUGAGCAGUGACAUAGACACCAGCAACUUUGAUGAGAUUGAAGAUGACAAAGGCGAUGUAGAAACUUUUCCCACACCUAAAGCCUUUGUUGGAAAUCAGUUACCCUUUGUUGGCUUCACUUACUUCAAAGAAGAUCAAUUACUAAAUGCCUCCAACAAUUCCUCAGUGGCCCACGAGAAUUCGAAAGGAGAGUCGGUAGCAUUGCAGAAGAAACUUCGCCACCUAGAGGUUCAGCUGAAUAAUGAGAAGCAGGUCAAAGACGAACUGGAGCACAAAUUCAGAGUUGCCACCAGUCGUCUGGACAAAAUCUCUAAAGAACUUGAGGACGAGGUGAGCGGGAGAAAGAACCUGGAGUCGAAUCUGAGGCAGCUGGAGAGAGAAAAGGCCCUGCUGCAGCACAAGAGCCUGGAGAGUCACCGAAAGGCCGAGAGCGAGGCGGACAGGAAACGCUGCCUGGAGAAUGAAGUCAACAGCCUACGAGAUCAGCUGGACGACAUGAAGAGAAGAAACCAGAAUUCACACAUUUCCAAUGAGAAGAACAUUCACCUACAGAAACAGCUGGAAGAGGCCAACACGCUGCUGCGGGCCGAGUCCGAGGCGGCGAUGAGGCUCCGUAAAGCCCAGACGGAGAACAGCAAGCAGCUGCAGCAGCUGGAGGCCAACGUACGCGAGCUGCAGGACAAAUGCUGCCUGCUGGAGCGCAGCAAGCUGAGUCUGGAGAAGGAAUGCAUCAGCCUGCAGGCGGCUCUGGAGACGGAGAGGAGGGAGCACAGCCAGGGCUCAGAGACCAUCAGUGACCUCAUGGGACGAAUCUCUGGUCUGGAGGAGGAGGCUCGUCAGCAGAGACAGACUCAGUCCAAAACUGAGUCUGAGAAGAGGCAACUUCAGGAGAAACUCACUGAUCUGGAGAAGGAGAAGAGCAACAAAGAGAUUGAUUUGACCUACAAGCUGAAGGUGCUGCAGCAGGAGCUGGAGCAGGAGGAGACGUCUCAUAAGGCCACCAGGGCAAUGCUGGCAGACAAGAGCAAGAUCAAAGUUACCAUCGAAGGAGCCAAGUCAGAGUCCAUGAAGGAGAUGGAGCAGAAGCUGGCGGAGGAGCGAUCAGCCAAACUGCGUCUGGAGAACAGAAUCCUGGAGCUGGAGAAACACAGCAGCAUGAUGGACUGUGACUAUAAACAGGCUUUACAGAAACUAGAUGAGCUGCGAAGACAUAAGGACCGCCUCACUGAGGAGGUAAAGAACUUGACCCUGAAGAUCGAGCAGGAGACCCAGAAGAGAACCCUGACUCAGAACGACUUGAAGUCUCAGAACCAGCAGCUCAAUGCUCUGAAAACCUCAGAGAAACAGCUCAAACAGGAAACCAACCACCUGCUGGACAUUAAACGCAGCUUGGAGAAACAGAACCAGGAGCUGCGCAAAGAACGACAGGACACAGACGGGCAGAUGAAGGAGUUACAGGACCAGUUAGAAGCCGAACAGUAUUUUUCUACAUUGUAUAAGACCCAGGUGCGUGAACUGAAGGAAGAGUGUGAAGAGAGGAACAAACUCCACAAAGAUGUCCAGCAGUCUGUGCAGGAGUUUCAAGAGGAGAGGGACUCUUUGGCGGCUCAGCUUGAGAUCACUCUGACAAAAGCGGACUCAGAGCAACUGGCGCGCUCCAUCGCCGAGGAGCAGUACUCCGACCUGGAGAAGGAGAAAAUAAUGAAGGAGCUGGAACUGAAGGAAAUGAUGGCCCGGCAUCGUCAAGAGCUCGGCGAGAAGGACAUCACCAUCAGUUCGUUGGAGGAGGCCAAUCGCACCCUGACCAGUGACGUCGCCAACCUCGCUAACGAUAAAGAGGAGAUGAACAACAAACUGAAGGAGGCAAUAGAAGAAUCAGAUAAGUCAAAGGACUGGGAGCAGCUGAUCUGCCAGAGUAAGAAUAUGUUUGAGAAGCAGCUGCAGUCUGAGAGGACGCUGAAAACUCAGGCCGUCAAUAAGCUGGCAGAGAUCAUGAAUAGGAAGGAGGUCCGUGGUGGAGGCAGUCGCCGGGGUAAUGACACAGACAUGCGGCGAAAGGAGAAGGAGAACAGGAAGCUGCAGCUGGAGCUGAGGUCGGAGAAGGAGAAGCUCAACAGCACCAUCAUCAAAUACCAGAGAGAGAUCAAUGAGAUGCAAGCGCAACUGGCCGAUGAGAGCCAGAUGCGUAUCGAGCUGCAGAUGGCCCUGGACAGUAAGGACAGCGAUAUCGAGCAGCUGCGGAACCUCCUGCAGUCACUCAGUGUUCAAUCAAUGGACUCAGCCAGUGUCAGCAGUGGACCAGAGUUUGAUACGGAUGAUGCAUAUGCAGAAUCAAGACUUGAAGGUUGGCUCUCUCUCCCUGUGAGAAACAACACCAAGAAGUUUGGAUGGGUGAAAAAGUACGUUGUAGUGAGCAGCAAGAAGAUUCUCUUCUACAACAAUGAGCAGGACCGAGAGCAGUCCAUCCCCUACAUGGUGCUGGAUAUAGACAAACUCUUCCAUGUGAGGCCUGUCACUCAAACAGAUGUGUACCGUGCAGAUGCCAAAGAGAUCCCCAGGAUAUUCCAGAUUCUUUAUGCCAAUGAAGGGGAGUGCAAGAAGGAGCCCGAGUUUCCUGUGGAGCCGCUGCCCAUCGGAGAGAAGUCCAGCUACAUCUGCCACAAGGGCCACGAGUUCAUCCCCACGCUCUACCACUUCCCCACCAACUGCGAGGCGUGCACCAAGCCGCUGUGGAACAUGUUCAAGCCGCCUCCUGCUCUGGAAUGCCGGCGCUGCCACAUCAAGUGCCACAAAGACCACAUGGACAGGAAGGAGGAGAUCAUUGCUCCCUGCAAAGUAAACUACGAUGUGUCAACGGCCAAAAACCUGCUGCUGCUCGCCGUGUCCCAGGAGGAGCAGCAGAAGUGGGUGAGCCGGCUGGUCAAGAAGAUUCCCAAGAAGCCUCCGCCGCCAGAGCAGUUUGCACGCUCCUCGCCACGCGCCUCCAUGAAGGUGCAGCCCAGCCAGUCCAUGAGGAGGCCCAGUCGACAGCUCCCCACCAGCAAGAGCAGUUAACCUUGCUUGGGAGUGUGGUGCAUCUUCGAGGUGGUGGGAUGUGUUUCCUCCUAAAUCAAAGACUGUGUAUACAAAGCUCUGUUUGCAGAUCAGCACACUGAACUCCACAUCACUUCUCCAUAACCCCCACCCCCCUGUCCUGCUUCAGCCUGUGACAGUCACAAAGUCUGUUUUCCCAUUUCGUCGAACUUCAGCUGUUGAAUUAUGAGCUGAAGUCUUCUCCCAGGCCUGAGACGAGGACAAAUCAGUGUCUCUAAGGGGACGGGGCUGGAGGAGCCCACACAACACGAGAGAGCUCUUAUAAACUCGACUAGGGCUGACAAGAAGGGGAUAUUCUUACCUCAACACUUCUCACCAAGACACGCUGCCUGAGUUAAGGACCCAACAGGAAAAGUCUUGACUCCACCUUUUGGAAAUCUCGUGGCCAAAUAAGAAAAAGGACAUUUUUGUGUGUUAAAUGAUUAAGGUUUUAAUGGGGGAACACUACACUCAGAAGAUAGUAAAUUCUGUAUUUAGUUGACCCACAGUUGAACUUGAUCCUAGAUACAGUAUCUGUACUUAUUCAAACUCUUUAACAUUGAUUGUAGCUUCCUGCUUCUCACCAUUCUGCUUUCAGGGGCGUGUCCACACUGGGUCGCAGAAACUUGAAUGAGGUACUUAAAGCGAACAAGCUGUGACUUCUGGGAAAGUCAGUGAGGCGGGGGAAGGAGUGUGAGAUUCCUCGCGGAUUCGAGCAGACAACUCCUGGAGUGCCUCUCAUUCAGAUUUCUGAUUGUGGCGCGCUCUGAAUCACUGGAUUGCUGCCGUUUGUCGUGACUCCAGUAACGGUUACAAGUGAACACAAUCCUGCUCUGAAUGGCAUUAGAUGGAGAUCCUCACAAUCCCAUAAUCAAACCUGCACUGUGGGGUUUGAGGGUUGUUGUUUACUGAAUUCUGGGGGGGGUGCACCGUUCAUGCUUCUCUGAUCCGAGCUCGGCUCCGUUGUUUUUUUGAAUGUACAUCUGGGCUUUUACCAGAGAUGACACACAGGCAUUGUAUUACUUCCAAAUAUACUUGACUGAAGCCUCCUUUCAUCACCAACUGCUCUGAGUGAACCUGCAUGUGUUUUGCCUUUUCAGGCCUCACACUUGAGAGCUGUCACCCACAGGCCUCCACCUGUUACACCUAGUUUUUAAGUCAUUCCUCACAGUGAGAAACAAGGGGAAUUUAUCAAAGAGAAGCAGAAACAUUGAAGGUAUGCAAACAUGUCCCAUCAGUCCAAAUACUGAGCAGCACUAUUCCAUUGAAAGUUUUUUUUAAGUGUUUGUCCUGAUAUUUUUGUAUUAAAAAUAACCAAACUCUGAGUUUGGGCACAUUGUUGUGUGUAUGUGGGUUAUAUAGCAGCUGGAGAGUAAACUGUGAGUGUGUGUGUGUGUGUGUGUGAGUAUGUCUGUGUGUGUGUGUGUGUGCUGAGUGCUCUCCUUUAACCAAGAAGCAUGUUUUAUACCUAUAAAUAUACACAGUAUAUAUUUUACAUGCCAUACAGUGCACAUAUUAUUUAUACAGCCUUGUCCACUUUGUAUUUAAGGGCUCUACAUCCAGAUUGCAUGUUUGCUACCAAACAGCUCUUUUUAAUAAUAACCACUUCAACAAUAAAGACAUGGAUGUGCCUUUUGGUUUCAGAUUAUUUCUCCAGGAUUUUCAAGUACGACCACAGUGUAAGAUGUUGAAAUGUUUGAUUUAUUAAAAUAGUUCAGAAAUGAACUUCACAUUUGUAAAAACUAUUUAAAAUACAGUAUUUCUUGUCCCGAGUAGGAAGAUCUCUGAUAUUCUUUGCUCUUGCUGAUCUAGUAAUUAACACUUGCAGCAAGAAUCAUUGGUCUCUGUUCUCACUACAGGUGUAGAAGAUAACUAGUCACUGUAAUGUUAUGAAAUAACUGGGCAGGUUCAACACUUGGAUAAAAAAACAGUUCAAAAAUCACAUGUAUGGGAAAGAAUUCCAGAACAAUGUGGCACGACUGAUGUGACCCGUCAGUGUCAUGCUUGUCGAUGCAGGCCUCAUUCCAAAGUAACCCUGAAUCAACUCUGGAUCCAGCUCUUGAAUCUCAGUCGUCUUUCUUGGAGCUGCGGCUGUGCCUCUGGUAGUAGAGCACGGUGAGCAGCACCCACAGGUUCAGCAGCGUCAUGACGAUGAACCGCACCAGAACUGUGACAAAGGCAGAGAGUUAAUCAGAAAUAAGACGAUGGGAACUGUUCACAGUGAACCAUCGAUGUGGAGUUUCUGAACUGUACUGAUAAAUGAAGGAUCUGUGAGUUAAAAGCUGCUGAUGUGAAUGUUCCUGCCUGAUAAAAGCUUAACAUUG